UCCCUGUCCGUGCGGUGCAGCAGGUCGGUAGGCGGGAAAUGGCGACUGGCUGAAGGAGCUGGUUCUGUUGCUGUUGAGGGAUAAGCGGGAAAGACACCACCUAUUGCGCAGUCGGGACCAUCGCCGGAGCCUGAAGACACUUUUUUGUCGUCACAGUGAAGGUUUACAUGUGGCACCCAUAAAAGAUGAAGCUGAGAACACGGAAGGCUUCUCAGCAAUCCAGUCCAAUCCAAACACAGCGCACUGCCAGAGCAAAAAGGAAAUACUCAGAGGUUGAUGAUAGCUUACCUUCGGGAGGAGAAAAACCAUCAAAGAAUGAAACUGGCUUAUUGUCCUCAAUUAAAAAAUUCAUUAAAGGAAGCACGCCCAAGGAAGAGAGAGAAAAUCCUUCGAAACGGAGUAGAAUUGAACGUGAUAUAGAUAAUAAUUUGAUUUCAUCAACACCAAGAGCUGGAGAAAAGCCUAACAAGCAGUUGUCUCGAGUAAGAAGGAAAAGUCCAGUCAAUGGAGAAGCUGGUAGUUAUGAAAUGACAAAUCAACAUAUAAAACAAAAUGGGAAAUUAGAAGAUAACCCUUCUGCAGGUAGCCCACCAAGGACUACAUUGCUGGGGACCAUAUUUUCUCCUGUCUUCAACUUUUUUUCACCAGCAAAUAAAAAUGGAACGUCAGGCUCGGAUUCCCCGGGACAGGCUGUGGAAGCUGAGGAGAUAGUAAAGCAACUUGAUAUGGAACAGGUGGAUGAAAUCACUACCAGCACAACAUCAGCUAAUGGAGCAGCUUACUCAAGUCAAGCAGUUCAAGUGAGGCCAUCGAUAAAUAAUGGUUUAGAAGAAGCAGAAGAAACAGUUACCCGCGAUAUCCCACCUCUUACUGCACCAGUAACUCCAGAAAGUGGUUACUCGUCAGCCCAUGCAGAGGCCACCUAUGAGGAAGACUGGGAAGUAUUUGACCCCUAUUAUUUCAUCAAACAUGUUCCGCCUCUGACAGAAGAACAACUAAAUAGGAAACCUGCUCUUCCUUUGAAAACGAGAAGCACACCAGAGUUCUCCCUGGUCUUAGAUUUGGAUGAAACACUAGUGCACUGUAGUCUGAAUGAGCUAGAAGAUGCAGCACUUACUUUUCCAGUCCUUUUCCAAGAUGUCAUUUAUCAGGUUUAUGUGAGAUUAAGACCAUUCUUCAGGGAAUUCCUUGAACGAAUGUCUCAGAUGUAUGAGAUCAUUCUUUUUACUGCUUCUAAGAAGGUGUAUGCAGACAAGUUACUGAACAUACUAGACCCUAAAAAGCAACUGGUCAGGCAUCGGCUUUUCCGAGAACAUUGUGUUUGUGUACAAGGAAACUAUAUAAAAGAUUUAAAUAUCCUUGGAAGAGAUCUUUCCAAAACUAUAAUAAUUGACAACUCACCACAAGCCUUUGCCUAUCAGCUUUCUAAUGGGAUUCCUAUAGAAAGCUGGUUUAUGGAUAAAAAUGACAAUGAGCUCCUAAAAUUGAUUCCAUUUCUGGAGAAGCUUGUAGAAAUGAAUGAAGAUGUCCGGCCUCACAUCAGAGACAGAUUUCGCUUGCAUGAUUUGCUGCCCCCAGAUUAAGUUCAGAGACUUGUCAGAUCACUGAGGGGGGAGAGAGAAUGCAGGACCCUUUGGACUAAGACAAAAACAUUGCCAUUACUGUUGAAAUUUUGCAUUUUUGUACCCCGUCUUGCUUUUCUUAUCUUUGGUGCCCAAUAAUAAUCAAGGGUUACAGAAAGAGACUAUCUAUCUCAGAUUGAACACACACAGUGGGUAGGCAAAACAGAAGCGUCUGUAGAGCUAGUACAACUCCAGUGAAACUUUCUAUGUACAGGACAUCUGCAGUUUAUAAAGAAUUCUGUUUUCUGCCACCAGCAGUCUGACCUGUAGUACACAGGAUUUUAUGAUAAUAACAGGGGUGAAAGUGGACUUUCAUUUUCCCUCUGUUUGGUGCUCUCAGUGGGUUUGUAGCCACUUUUCUGUUACUUUACUAUUCUCAUUUCAACAGGAAUGGCCAGUAAAAGUUGUUUUAUUUUUCCUGUUCAGGUUUAUAACCUUUUUACACUUCUGACCUGUAUUAGAUUAGACUCUCAUGAUGCAUUCCUUUUAGUUGAGGCGCUUCAGUUUUCUGGAAAUAGUCAAUUUUUAGUUUUUGGGUAUGUAUAUAUAUAUAUAUAUAUAUAUAUACAUAUAUAUAUACACACACACACAUUUGAAUGGCCGUUUUCCUGCUUUGUCUGCCUGCAUAUUGUAUAUUUGUUUAAAAAUAUUCUCUUUUAGUCCAUGUAAGUUUCAUUUUAAAAAAACAUGCAUUUAUAUUUUGUUCUGUAAUAUUCUACUGUAGGUAAAAUCUUCAAAAAUCAAGAGACUGGGUAGGUAAGAAUAUAUGAAUGACUAAUAUUCAAGCGAUUUGAACCAUUGUGAUGACAUGUAUUCCAGAUGGUAAUAUCUUGUAAUGGCACACAUGGAAUGGAUAAAGGUAUACCUCAGACUUCACUGUGCACAUCAUUGAGGAGAAUGAGUUCAGUCUCCUGUCGGGGCUUGAUUCAGUUACUGCUGCCUUUGGUUUUCUCCAGGAAUGAAGUAUUCAGCACAGUGACUCAGUAUUUGCUUUGCAUGGGCUGGUGGUCCGUCUGUUACACUCUCGGUUACAAUCAGUUUAAAACUCUGUAACAGGCUUGGUACCUAACAGUAGCUAUGCAUACCCGUGGCUCAGUACACUCCCAGCCACCCGUGCAGUUAGUCUGCUCACAGCUGUUUUCUGUGCUGUGUGGGAAUAGUCGUCACGCCUUGGUUCUCUAAUGCAGCUACCACAAGAGGUUGAUAUUUUUAUAGUGGCGUGUAAUCUCCUUUUCAGGGGCUUUUUAUGGAAGGUAGAAUUUGUAAGAGUUAGUAUGCUUUGCCUCUCAACUGCAUUGACAUGCCGCAGGCUCAGACUGUUUUUGUGUAAAGGAUGUCAAAGAACGGCACUUUUUCUAAAGAGAAGUUUGAUAUUUUGUAUGCUUGUUAAGAAAGUACAGUAUUGGAAAUUAAAGGUGGACAACUGAUAAUUGAGGAGUAUGUCAGUUAAUUUUUUAUGUAUAUUACCUGUUUACUUGUACAACUUCUUGUACAAAUUACAUGCAGCUUCAUUUUCAAAUGAAUCCUUAAAAUAAGGAAAUCUUUUUAGGAAAACAUUUAAUUUUUGUAUUUUUGAUUUUAAAGGCAUGAGUUGUCAGUUUUCAGUGUAUUAAUGAAGAUUUUAACUUUUCAUCAGGUUGAGUGUUUUCUUAUUAUUAUCUGUUAUGUAUGUAGUUAGCAUAUUGUGUCACUGAACUGUUUAAAAAUCUAGCAUGUAGAGCAAGCCUGUUUUGUGGAAAAUCCUUAUUCAUUAAAAAAAAUAAUCAUGGCAGAUUUUCUGCAAAAAAAAAAAGCAAAAGCAUUUGCAAUUCAGAAUACUGAUUUUUUUAUUUUAAAAAAAGGUAUUUUGCUUGCAGGAACAAUACUACAGAUUCAUUUUAAUGAGAAUCUUUUAAAUGUAUUUAUCUUUAGGGCACCUGGGCAUCUUUAUGCUGUUUGUCUUAUGUCUUUCUUGAAAUAAAAUGUACAUACGUUACCUUUA